AUGCCUGUCGUCGGCGCAGAGAAGCUCGUGGAGCUGCAACAGGCCCACGAUGGAAUCCGCAACAUUUGCAUCCUCGCCCACGUCGACCACGGCAAGACCUCGCUCACAGACGCUCUGAUCGCCACCAAUGGCAUUAUAUCCCCCAAGCUCGCCGGCAAGAUCCGCUAUCUGGAUUCGCGCCCGGACGAGCAGCUGCGCGGCAUCACCAUGGAGUCGUCGGCCAUCUCCCUCUAUUUUUCGCUGAUGCGCCGCUCCGCUCCCGACGCCGAGCCGGUGCGCCAGGAGAAUUUGAUCAACCUCAUAGACUCGCCCGGCCACAUCGAUUUCAGCAGCGAAGUGUCGACAGCCUCGAGGCUUUGCGACGGCGCAGUGGUUUUGGUAGACGCGGUCGAAGGAGUGUGCAGCCAGACCGUGACAGUCCUGCGCCAGACGUGGGUCGAGAAGCUGAGGCCUCUUCUCGUAAUCAACAAGAUGGACCGCCUGAUCACGGAGCUCAAGAUGAGCCCUGGCGAAGCGUACACCCAUCUGAGUAAGUUGCUAGAACAGGUCAAUGCUGUCAUGGGCAGCUUUUUCCAAGGUGAGCGCAUGGAAGACGAUUUAAAGUGGAGAGAGAAGAUGGAUGAGCGCAUCAGCGCCAAGGCAAAGGAGCGUACCGACACGGUCGAUGGCGAUGAUCUGCCCAGCGACAUCGCCGCCGAUUACGAAGAAAAGGAUGACGAAGACAUCUAUUUCGCACCGGAGAAGAACAACGUCAUCUUCAGCAGUGCCAUUGAUGGCUGGGCAUUCACGGUCAAGCAAUUCGCUGCGCUGUAUGAGCGGAAGCUCGGAAUCAAACGCACAGCGCUAGAGAAGGUCCUUUGGGGUGAUUUCUAUCUCGACCCCAAAACAAAGAAGGUCCUAGGCUCGAAACACUUGAAGGGAAGAGCGCUCAAGCCUAUCUUCGUGCAACUGGUCCUGGAGCAAAUAUGGGCAGUCUAUGAGGCCACAACAGGCGGCAACACAGGGAAGGGAGAUCCCGCCAUGUUAGAGAAGAUCACCAAAGGCCUGAACCUUAGCCUCCCUCCUCACAUCUUGCGCUCCCGAGAUCCCCGAACGCUCCUCAUGGCUCUCUUCGCAGCCUGGUUACCGCUUUCGACCGCUGUCCUUGUCUCCGUCAUCGAGCAUCUCCCAUCGCCCCCGGCUGCUCAGGCAGCACGGAUGAAGGAGCUCGUCAAACAAUCGCCCGGAGCAGAGCACGUUGAUCCCAAGAUUCAGGACGCCAUGGCCAAUUUCAAGAAAGAGAAGGAGGCACCCGUUGUUGCGUAUAUCAGCAAGAUGGUCUCCGUACCGGAGAGUGAACUGCCGGAGAACAAGCGUCGCGGAGGCGGCAGUCUCAGCGCAGAAGAAGCCCGGGAGCUCGCACGGAAAAAGCGUGCUGAGUUCGCACGCGCACAGGCUCUCCAGAACGGCGCCGGCGACGACGUAGCCAACAUGACCCAAGCCUUCGGCGCCACGACCGUCAUCAGCGAAGAAGGGCCGCAGGACGCAGAGGGAGGAGAAGAGUCGAAGCAGCAAGAAUCCGACCCCGAGCACCUCAUCGGUUUCGCGCGCAUCUACUCAGGCACGCUCAACGUCGGCGACGAGAUCUACGUGCUGCCGCCCAAGUACACACCGGCGGCGCCGCACGCCAGCCCGGAGCCGCAGAAGGUCACCAUCACGGCGCUGUACCUGCUCAUGGGGCGCGGCCUCGAGCCGCUGUCGACGGUGCCGGCGGGCUGCGUCUUCGGCAUCGGCGGGCUGGCCGGACACGUGCUGAAGAGCGGCACCAUCUGCAGCCAGCUCGAGGGCGGCGUCAACCUGGCCGGCGUCAACCUCGGCUCGCACCCCAUCGUGCGCGUCGCGCUGGAGCCCGAGAACCCGGGCGACCUGGGCAAGAUGGUGGCGGGCCUGAAGCUGCUCGUCCAGAGCGACCCGUGCGUGCAGUACGAGGUGCUGGAGAGCGGCGAGCACGUCAUCCUUACCGCCGGCGAGCUGCAUCUCGAGCGCUGCCUCAAGGACCUGCGCGAGCGCUUCGCCCGCUGCGAGAUCCAGGCCGGCGCCCCCAUCGUGCCGUACCGCGAGAGCAUCGUCGCUGCCGCGGAGAUGAAUCCGCCGCAGAACAAGGACCUGCCGAGGGGCACUGUCGUCGCUGUCGCGCCGAGCAAGCACGUUACCGUCAGGUUGAGGGUGAGGCCCUUGCCUGCGGCCGUUACGGACUUCUUGACGAAAAAUGCGGGGGCGAUCAAGCGGUUGUAUGCUCAGCGUCGCGCCGAGGAAGAGGAGAAGAAGGGAGGGGUGGACGCCGUCACUGAUGGAGAGGAUGGAAGAGGAGAAGAAGGAGAGGAGGAGGGUGAGAAAGGACUCGAGGCGGAUGUCGACGUCACCGAAGGCGGCAACGUCCUCACCAUCAAGGACUUCCAGAAGCAAUUGCACGAUGCAUUCGCGGAAGCCAAGGGCGAGAGCGAAGUCUGGGCCGGCGUGGCCGAGAAGAUUGCGGCGUUCGGUCCUAGACGUACGGGUCCGAAUCUGCUGAUCGAUGAGACUGGGCAGAGGGUUCUGCCGCAUCUCCUCUCCACCGACCCGGAACAGCACUCAGCCAUCAACCCCUCCUCCACCUCGGAGACGCUCACCCCGCACGACUUCACCGACAAGAUCACGUACGCCUUCCAGCUCGCGACCUACCAAGGCCCGCUCUGCAACGAGCCGGUCCAAGGCAUCGCCGUGCACGUCGAAGCCGUCGACAUCGACGGCGCCGUCGCCGCGGACCGCUCCGCGCUGGGCCGCCUCACGGGCGAGGUCAUCAAGGCGGUGCGCGGCGGCGUGCACGCCGGCCUGCUCGACUGGUCGCCGCGCAUGCUGCUCGCCAUGUACAGCUGCGAGAUCCAGUGCAGCACCGAGGUCCUCGGCCGCGUCUACGGCGUCGUCACCCGCCGCCGCGGCCGCAUCGUGUCCGAGGCCAUGAAGGAGGGCACCCCCUUCUUCUCCAUCACCGCCCUGCUGCCCGUCGCCGAGAGCUUCGGCUUCUCCGAGGAGAUGCGCAAGCGCACGAGCGGCGCCGCCCAGCCCCAGCUCGUCUUCGUCGGGUACGAGAUGCUGGAUGAGGACCCGUUUUGGGUGCCGUGGACGGAGGAGGAGAUUGAGGAUCUGGGCGAGCUGGCGGACAGGGAGAAUGUCGCGAAGAGGUACAUGGAGGGCGUCAGGAGGAGGAAGGGGUUGUUCAUCAAGGAGAAGAUCAUUAAGGAUGCGGAGAAGCAGAGGACGUUGAAGAGUAAGUAA